UUAAUAACAAUAGAUUUCAAAGAGCCCACGAACUGAGUUGAACUUGUUUGUAUCGUAAUGCUUACAGGAACGGCGGCUUACAGACAAAAACUGGCAGUACAUCGACUGAAAGAGCUCAAAAGGCUCGGCUGCUAUUAAGAUAUUUGAAUUUUGAGAAUGAAAAGUUUUGGAAAAUUGGAGACCGAGAUGAGGGGGAGUUUGGCCAAACAAAAUUUAGAUGAAUAAAUAAGUAACAGGAUGGGAGAAAAAACAACAGAAGUGAUUCAGCACAAAGGCUCCCUAAAGGAUGAGAGGAGGAGGAAAUACGAUGAUGAAUAUGUCAAACAGAACGAAGAAAUGAAAAUAAAAAUUAAUAACCUUAAAAAUGGAGAAGGAAAUCCUGAAGUAGGUUUACAAACAGAUGAUCAAUGGAAAGAGGUUAAAGGUGAUGAUCAAUGGAGAGAGUUUAAAGGUGAUGAGCAAUGGAAAGAGGUUAAAGGUGAUAAUCAAUGGAAAGAGGUUAAAGGUGAUGAUCAAUGGAAAGAGGUUAAAGGUGAUGAGCAAUGGAAAGAGGUUAAAGGUGAUGAGCAAUGGAAAGAGGUUAAAGGUGAUAAAGAGGUCAAUAAAAUGAAGGAGAAUGAAAACCUAUCAAGUGACAAUGGAACGGUAAAGGAUGAGAAAAAUUCUGAAGAUGUUGAAAAUAAUAAAAGUAACGCAGGUCAAGAUGUUAGUGGAACAGAUGGUGAUGAAGUUGAUAGUGACAUGAGAGAUAAAAGCAACCAUCGUAACCAUGACAAUACAACAUGUGAUGACGAGGAUGAUACUGACAGCUCCAAGUCCAUCAUAGAAAGUGACACAGAAUCGGACGAUGAAAAGAAAUUAAAACAAAAGAAUAACACGGUGAACUGGGUGUUGAAAGACGUGACUGUGCGAAAGAAAGCAGGCAAUUUAAAGAGCGAUUCCCACUCCAGUCUUUGCAUCAACAUCCAAAGAUCGCUGGCAGGGGACAGGGAGCAGGCGGUUACAACGUCCAAGAGUGUGGAUUUCUCGCUUCCCGCCAGCAUGGACGAUGUGGAUGAGGAAAUCAAUCAGGUUAUUAACUCUUGCAUGGAUGAUCAGAUGCAGUUUGGGUUCAACGACCAGAUAAGCAAUCCACGUGCUCUGACCGUAAACACGCCAGCCACAGAGCUUACUGACAGCCAUUUCCGGAUAAACAGCAUCAGAACACCGGUGAGGGAAAAGUAUUACGAGCAUGCCCUUAUGGUGAUGAAUCGACGUUGCAAGAGUGGUUCCACAUAUCUGACAUCAGCCGGAAUGAGGGUGCCGCAAAGCAUACGCACCGCUAGUGGUCGUCAUGUACCCGUGUACAACUUGCCAAGUCUUGUGGCGCAUAUAAAUAAGCCGCCUUUUUCGUCGAACCCAAAUACAUACUUUUAUGUCACUCAAAAGACGCAACAGCAAUUUAGUCCAUUAAAGGCUUGGAAGGGUUACCAUGGAAAUGUCUACUUUGAACCUAUGACCUGUAAACAUCUUGACAUCGCUUCGUCUGACAAAUAUUCGCAGGAACGUACCAAGUCUGCCGAUGAAACAAGCAAGAAUGCACACACUCACUUACCAGAUCUUGAAGAACGCACACAGAGCCGGGUGAGCGAUACAAAAACAGAACGAUCGAAAACAGUUAGGAGUACAGGAAGCAAUUCUGCAAAAAGCGUUGCAAGCAGGACAAAGAAACUAUCAAUUUCACAACGGUCUUUGAUUUUACCAAAAAUGAGACAAAUGUCAAUCCUUGAUAAAAGAUCAGUAAUUCGGGAUAACAACCCUCGGAUUAGGGAAGACAUGAGUUGGAUAUCCAGCCAAGAAUCGACAGGCUCGCUGUGUAUCGGUAGGCCUCGACAACUAACAACUCUACGGGCCUACAGUGACUCAAACAAGCAUUACAGGCUGAAAAUCUGUCGCGGCAUAGCAAGUCGGAGUCAUGACUCUACCGAUGAGCAGUCGCCUGCAUUCAGCCUGAAAGGCGGAAGAUUGAACGAGUCCUGGUCAGCAGGCAAGUCAAGACCAGAAUUGGAAACCCCGGAUGAUAAAUCAGGAAUCUACCGCUAUUCCAGUGCCCACACCUCAAUACCAGAUGGCAGUCACGAUAAUGCCAACCAAUCAAGUGGCGUGAUUCAUGUCGUUCCCUCACCGAAUCAAAGUAAUUCCAGACAGUUAAAUGUCAGGGAUACAAGUUUUCAUAUGACGUAUUCACAUUAACAAAAUUCGGAAAAAGGUUUUGAACAUAAUCAACGCUAAUGCCUCUUUGACCAGUACUUAAUUGCCUGGGUUGCUUCGCUUAUUCCUUGUACCAGAUUUUUCUGAACAGUACAAUAAAAAUAAUCAGUUAUUUUAAAAUUAUUUAGAAAUUAUUACAAAGUAAUUGUGUUCAUAAUCAAAAUUGAUAUUUAAACCAGCUUUAAAGGCCUGUUUGCUACUAUGACAAUAACGAUCAACGAUAAAAAACUAAAAAGCAAUUAAGAUUUCACACUAGCACGAUUCGAUAAUGAUUUAUACAAUAAAAUAUAUUUUCACAAAUCAAAUUAAAUGACGUCAUAAGCAUGGCAAAACGAUAAAAUUUUUACUUUUAUCGUUAUCGUCAUAGUGUAAACAAGCCUUAAGUCAGGUGGUGGCCUUAGAUAUGUAAUAAUUAUUAAUACAGAAAGGUAAUAUUAUGUUACAGCAUUAUUAUUAGGGUAUUAUAACAGGGUAGGUAUAGUACAGAUAUAUAUCUUUAUAGCACUCAUAUUUAUUUAACUGAGCCGGGGACCAGGGCCCCACGUUAGGGAGAGCUGGUCCUCACGUCGGGGAGAGAAAAUUUUUUAUGUAUUUUCUACAUAUUAGUUGACUCUAAAAUCGACUAAAUAAGCCUUUGAAACCCUUAAAUUGUCAAAGUUGACAAAAGCCCUAAAUUGUCAAAGUUGACCCCAAGAAUAGAAAGACAAAAAUCAGUAGGGGAAGGGGUAAAACAUAGUUUUACACCUAGAAAGCUUUACAGUCUUGAGACAUCUGUAAUUUGAAAUCAUCUAUUGAAAAUACAAUCUUAUUUAUUAUUGAACAAUCAGUUUGCCAAGUGGUUAGAUGUUAAAAAGACAAAUCAAUUAUUCUGCAAAUUUAUUUGGAAACAAAGGUCCAAGCUUACAUCAUUAAUUUGCCAUAAAAUUUUUUAAAGGAUAUUUUCUUCCAGAGAGGUCCUGAGUCUCCUAUACAUGCACUCGCGUGAGCAAAGAUCUCGCAGGAGGAAUCCACAUACCUCAAAAUGCAUGUUUGCAUAUUUUUACUACUGUAUAUAAAUUGUCUUCCAGAAAUCGGCUGGCGAUGGGUAUCACCUCACACAGCAAAAUGUUCAGUCAAGCUCAUUUAACCAUAUUUCCUGGAAAUCACUGUCCCCAACUUAGGACCCCUGUUACAGUCUCCGAAUCAGCAUUAAAUUAAGUAACAUAACACUCACCAAUACCAGCAUUAGACCCAUCAGGUUAUUUGUUUUCAAGGGGAGAUGAUGCGCCCCUGUAUUUAGCUUAUGAAAAAAAGGGAAGGGCACAGCCCCUGGACUUAAUCUAUGCAGGAGAAGAGUAGUCCCACAUACACCAGUACCAAACUAAUGGACCUUGAAUGCCAAGUUUAAUCUACAGAACAGUAUAUAAUUUUAGUAAAAAGAAACAAUUUUUAUAAUUUUAUAUAACCUGUAAAGUUGUUUUAUGGUGAAGUUUGUAUAAGUCAUGUGUAUACAUAUUUAUGUUUGUUUGUAUACUAGAAUAUAUAAUCAUGUAAACAGAAUUUUUAUAUUAAAAAAUGUAAUAUGA